AUGAAUCUCAACUUGAUUCGACAUUUAUCACAACGAAUCAACCAUCUAACUGGUUCUUUCCAUGCUUCCUCCAAAGUGGCUGAUUCUUCUUUAGCCCGCGCGCUUGAAGUUGCUGUCAUUGGUGCCCCAAAUGUUGGAAAAUCUCUGCUUACAAAUCAAUUGGUUCGCGCUGCUGUUUCUUCUGUGAGCAGCAAAAUGGACACAACUACGCAGGUGUGA